AGCUCUCAAAUAGUCCACAACUUGUCACUUUCUCCUGGAAGCUGAAGUGGACCCCCAUAUCCAUGAUAGGAACCUCGACGGGAAACACCAUCUUUUCUUAUCCAAAUAGAGCCUCUGCUUAACUUACAAUUACACCGCAAGCUUAACGGAACUUCCUCCGAGGCAAUAAAGACGUCCCUCAGGGUUGCUUAAUACUCUAGAAGUCAUGCAGAAACUCAAGGAAUCAUUCAAAAAAAGGGGAAGCCAAGACAUAGGCUCUCGCUCCAGUCCUGGUAGCCCCGAAGGCGAUGUUGUCAAGAACGUUCGCUCGUUCUGUGACUCAAACGCCAAGCAGGAUGAAGAAAUUCUGUUCCUCCCCGUCAUCGUCGAAGCUGCCUCGGCCAGUCCGACAGCAGCAAAGGAGGCCGCCUACGUGAUUCGCAAGGUCCUCGUCAAGGAUGCGUCAAGGUCGCAGUCACAAUAUAAUGCCAUCAUGCUCAUUAGAAUAUUAUCGGAGAACCCUGGGCCUGCUUUCGCAAGAGGUUUCGAUUCCAAGUUCCAGCAAGCUAUCCAGUGGACCCUUAGGCAUUGCAAGCACACUAGCGUGCACCAGUUCCUCUGUGAAGUGCUCGAUUAUUUGGAAUCCAGGUAUGGUCAAGAUGAGACAUUUCGGCCGAUAAUAGAACUGUGGAGAAAAGAGAAAGCACACCCAGAAAACUGGCAAGUGAAACGAACGGUGUGUGAUUCCCAAUGGCCUCUGGCUGCGAAUGCUUAGGGGAACACUGCUGACGGCGAAUCUUCUCCAUUGUAGCCAGGUCAACGAAUACUUAACGCGCCUCCAUUUGCCUCCAAUGGCUCUUCCAGCCAGACAGGCUCUCGUCGCUC